AUGAUCAAGACCGCACCAGUCUCUUACAAUGACUUCACCAACGUCGUCUUUCGUGCCAACACUGCAUCUGGCUCGUUGGUCAGGUUCCAGGCCGCAGACACGUCAUCAUUGAGCAAUGUUGCUGUGAUGAACAACACGGUGAGCGGCACGAGCGGCACCAUGCUUCUCAACAUGAAGUCCGGAAGCGCGGUCACGAUAUCUGGCUGCCUCAUUGAGGGCAACACGGCCAGCACAGGAUCUGGCGGUGGCUUUCAAGUCUCUGGCGGUGGAUCGAUCCUGGCACUCGCCGGGCCCGAGACGGUUGUACGCGGCAACUCGGCAGGCUUGAAUGGUGGCGGGGUGUUCCUGGCGAGUGUGGCAAGCGUGAUGGGAUCGGGCAGACUAGUGGUGAGUGACAAUACGGCCGGCGGCUCUGGCGGCGGGCUGUAUGGUGUUGUGGGUGCCAUGGAUGCAAGUGUGACGAUCGAGUCGCUCCGCAACAUUGCUAGCGGCGAUGGUGGUGGCAUGUGGCUGGCGCCGUUGAGCGGCUCGCUGGCGUGUGCUAGCACGAUUACGGCCGAGGCCAACGCAGCCGGCGGUUCAGGUGGUGGCGUGAGUCUGGGCGGCACGUCCGGUCCGUAG